AUACAGAGUUGGGCAAUAACAUAUCAGAGGAAUUGGCUAUCGCAUUAAGACUGUUCAAAGUAAAAAUUCAAAACAAUUUAACUGAUGAAGCAUUUAGGCAAACUAUGAUUGCAGUUAAUGCCAAAUCAUAUA